AUGGCGCCUUUGAUUCAGAAUGGGCAUGCAAACAACUUUACAAAGGCAAGUGGGAGCCCCCAGAAAGAGAAAAAAGUGGAGCUCAAGAAGAAAGUCACGCUACUGCGGGGAAUCUCCAUCAUCGUUGGGACCAUCAUUGGCGCAGGGAUCUUCAUCUCACCGAAGGGGAUCCUGAAGAACUCGGGCAGCGUGGGCAUGUCCCUGGUGAUGUGGGUGGCCUGCGGGGUCUUGUCAUUAUUCGGUGCUCUGUCCUAUGCGGAGUUAGGGACCUGCAUUAAGAAGUCUGGUGGUCACUACACCUACAUUCUAGAGGCAUUCGGUCCGCAGGUGGCUUUCCUAAGAUUAUGGGUGGACAUAAUUGCUGUAAGGCCUGCAGCAUUAGCUGUAAUUGCUCUGGCGUUUGGACGUUACAUAUUGGAGCCAAUCUUCAUGCCUUGUGGAGUGCCUGAGAUGGCAAUCAAGAUCACAACAGCAAUUGGAAUCACUUCAGUCAUGUACAUAAACAGUAUGAGUGUAAGCUGGACUGCCAGGUUGCAGAUCCUUCUUACCUUCUGUAAACUUCUUGCCAUGGCUGCCAUCAUAAUUCCUGGAAUCUACCAGCUUUGUAAAGGAGAAACCAAAAACUUCCAGAAUGCAUUUCAGGUGGACACUGUAAAGCUGGCCGACCUUCCUCUUGCCUUCUACUCGGGAAUGUAUGCUUAUGCUGGCUGGUUUUAUUUAAAUUUUGUGACAGAGGAGGUGGAUCGGCCGGAAAGGACCGUCCCACUUGCCAUCUGUAUUUCCAUGGCAAUUGUAACUGUGUGUUACACGCUGACCAACGUUGCGUAUUACACUGUAAUGUCAGCAGAGGAGCUACUCUCAUCGAGUGCUGUGGCUGUGACGUUUGCUGAGAAACUGUUUGGAAACUUCUCAAUGGCAGUUCCAAUUUUUGUGUCCCUCUCUUGCUUUGGUUCUAUGAAUGGAAGUAUUUUUGCCGUCUCUAGAAUGUUUUAUGUUGCUUCCCGAGAAGGUCAACUUCCAGAAGUACUUUCUAUGAUUCACAUCCGUCGCCACACACCAAUACCUGCUGUAACUAUCUUGUACCCUAUUACAAUGCUUAUCCUGUUCUUGGGGGACAUCUACAGUCUGCUGAAUUUCAUGAGCUUCCUGCGCUGGCUCUUUAUUGGUGUGGCUGUGGUUGGGCUCAUUUACAUGAGAUACUCAAGACCCAACAUGCACAGACCUUUCAAGGUCCCAAUUUUCAUCCCGGCCAUUUUCUCCUUCUCUUGCUUCUUCAUGGUCAUCCUUUCUCUGUACUCUGACCCGGUCAACACCGGCAUUGGAUUUGCCAUCCUACUCACAGGACUACCAGCCUACUACAUUUUCUUCAUUUUCAACAAGAAGCCCAGGUGGCUCCAGAGAUUUGCAGACUCAAUGAACAGAUCCCUACAGAUCCUCAUGGAAGUGGUUCCUACUGAGAACUGACCUUUCCUCACGCCCCUCAUGCCUGGCUCCGUCUUUCAUUCCUCAAGCUUUUAUAGAACACGCUCCCUUCAUCCCACUCUCAUUUUCAUUCCUCUUUUAUGUUUUAUAGAAAACAC